AUGCCCAACCGUAAAACCCCCAAUCCAAACGAGUACCGACGAAAAUCAGCAGCAUUCUACAAGCGUCAACUCCAGCUACAAGACCGAUUCGACUUCUACAGAAGACUCGGGCUAGGAAAGCAAGAAUGGAGCGCGAAGAGGCGAGCAAAAACAAUAGCCAGACGGCGACAGCCCGCCCGCAAUGGGCCUGUCAAUACUGGCUUUCCCGGCCCCGACAGCAAGGCCGCUCGAGAUGUGCGACACAGGGCAUAUGAGUACCAAGUGGAGAUGUUGCCAACGAUACGAGCUCCUCUUGAGGAGAUGGUGCAGCUCCCAGAUGGUCGGGUUGGCCAGUCUCUCUUGAGCAGAGGCCCUGUCCGAGAUCUCAUGGCACGAUCUGGCCUUCGGUUUGUCAAGGUUCUUGGUUGGGGUGCAAAUGGUAUAGUGACGCUGUGGGCUUUGAGGGAGACAACAUGGAACCGAGAUACUCUCACUGAAGACGAACAAAUUCACAACAUAGUCCUGAAGAGCAUUCAGGGCGGGAUGACAUCCCAGCUACAGAUGGACAACGAGAGGCGAAUUAUGGAUAUCCUGGGUCGCGCCCCACACAUCAUGCAGCGGUUCAACCUCGAGAGUAUCGUCAACAAGCCCAAUGCGCGACGACCUUCAGACGCAGGCGAACGGGCUCCACGCAUACCGGCUGCCGGGUCACUGGACAGGUUCAGCAGGUUCUUGUGGAUGAGAUUUGCCCGAUUCGGAGAGCUUGACGAGUGGAUACGAAAGGUGCGAAGCGCAGACAAGUCUUUCCCGAAAGCGGUUCUCUGGCAAAUAUUCGAAUGCUUAGUGAAUGGCUGCGUGGCCAUGGCCGUGCCACCGCGAUGUCAAACUAUAGAUGCAGCUGGAUUGCCUCUGCCUUUACAUGGCCCUGACCUUGACGAGGCUCUGCCACGACAGAGGAUAUCACUCGCCGAUGGCUAUAUAAACAUCACUCAUUUUGAUCUUGACCUACAAAACGAAGACGGAGAUCAUCCCGAUGUCCCAAGACUCCAGAUCGCAGACUUUGGGUUCGCAACGACAGCCACAGACUUCGACAUAGAGAGUGCUGAACCAGUCUACAACGACUACACUGUCCUUUGGGAGUGCAGAGACAGCGGCAAACCCCUUUUUUACACGCCGGAACAAUACACCAAAGAAUGGGAUAAUGUCAACUACGAGCCCUUCUCAGAAGGAUUCUCCACCAUACCUCCCACCGAAAGCGACGGCGCUGCCGGUGCAUUUUCAGAGAAGACAAACAUAUUCAACGUGGCUCUCAUGAUCCGCUGCUGCAUAACCUUCCUAGCCCCCAACUGUCCCCCAGUCCCCACCCACAUCCCCAGAUCCGCCCGCUGGACCACCUGGACCGGCUGGACCUACGGCGGCGACCUCGUCGACCGCCGCAAGGACUACGGCAGCGACAUGUGCGAUCUCCUGCUCCGGUGCCUGGCGCACCAACCCAGUCGCCGGCCCGACCUCAGGGCCCUGCGGGCGGCGGUGGCGCGAGGCGUCGCCCGUUGUCCUGUCAAGGCGGCGGACCGCCAGUGGGUGACAGAUACUCUCUUUGGGCCUGGCAGGUCGCCAUCCGCUGUUCCUAUUCCGGCGACGGCUGACCUGGGGGCUCGAGUAGCGCUGGGGUAA